AAAGUACACAUGUAAUUGACGUUUCGGAACGUUAGAGAAUUCAUUCAAACGACAAUUGAUACAGUUGUUUGCGCCAUUUCCUUUCAAAUACUAAUUCGUUCAAAUAUAUUGAUGAAUACUGAACUCAAAAUGUUUCUCUGGUUCAUCCUUUAUGCCAAUUCUAAUAACCGAUAACGAGUUGUAUGAUAUCAGUUGAACAAAACUUGUACUGUUUAAACUUAGGUUAUGGGAAAACUGCAAUUUGUUAAACUGUCGAUACGUAUUCAUUUGAAAAAUUUUCCUUGAUACAUAACUUUAAUAAGCACAGAAUUUAUAUUAAGUUUAGCUAUUUGUUAAUAGUUAUUAAAUAAAUCAAAAAUGGAUUCAGAUAGUAGUGAUAUGGAAAUGGAAGACGAGUGUCGCCAAACAAAAUUAUGUCCAGCUGUCUUAGGUUUGCAGCCAGUAAAUAAAAGAAAUACUCCUAAAGUUAUAGAAUCGUCAAAUGCAGGAAAAGAUAAAUUAAACAGAAGGGGUAUGCCUGCUCGUAUAAGGAAAAAAAAUAAAUUAUUUUUUGAUGAAGAAGUAUUCAACACUUCUAAAAAUCCAUCCGUGAAACAGGAACGCAUGAUGUAUGUGAAUUCUCCUAAAAAACAAACACCUAAAAAAAUUGUUGAAUCUAAAUUAGAACCAAAAACACCAAAAACACCUAAACAAGAAAAAAUAAUCAAUCAAAAAAUACAAACUCCAAAAGUUGCUGUCAAAACAACACCUACAAUCAAACUUAAGACUCCCAAUGUGAAAACUCCUAUUAAAAGUGCUUCUAAAAAAUCUACUGAAAAUGGUGUAGCUAAACCAAAAACUAUAAAACUUGAAACUCCUAAAAAUAUAGUGUCGACAUCCAAACCAAAAUCUGAUUCUUUGGAACGUAAACGUUGUCAAAAUGUUGGAUUAAGACUUAGGAAAAUUUUUCAAUUACCAAAAGCUAAAAACUGGAUAUAUUAUGAGUGGUUUUAUAGCAAUAUAGAUAAACCUCUUUUAUAUGAAUCUGAUUUUAUGAUGUGUGUACAAGACUUCUUUCCCUCAUUUAAAAUUAAAACGAUGACAAGAACUGAAUGGUGUAUGUUACGGCGGAUGAUGGGUAAACCUCGAAGAUGUUCUCAAAAUUUCUUUGACGAAGAAAUUAGAGAGUUGGAUAGAAGAAGAAGAAAAAUAAGAUUGUUACAACAAAGAAAAGCUAGAGAUGAAUUGUUAUUUAAAGAUAUACCAGAUGAAAUACCUUUACAACUUACUGUUGGUACUAAAGUAACUGCAAUGUUAAGGAAUAACACUGAAGAUGGGCUAUUUAAUGGAACUAUUGAAGCUUUAGAUGUUUCUAACAAUACUUAUAGAAUACAUUUUGAUAAGCCUGGCUUAGGUACACACUCAGUUCUUGAUUAUGAAGUAUGCUCCAAUCAACCUCCAGAAACUAUUUCUAAAAAUGUGUUGUUACAAAUGUGUCGACCACGUGUACCUUACCAUAAUCGUUCAAUAUCACCUGAAACUAAAGUAGAUUUACUUAAAACCGAUCAGAAUACAAUUGCACAAUAUUCAAUGAAACUUUUAGAGUCUACUGUGAAAUUCAGAAAAAUUUUGACGGCUAAAAAGCAAUAUGUACAAACAUUACGUAACAUGAAUUCUGAAGCUGAAAGAAUGGUUUUAUACAAUGAAGAUAUAACACCAGAAUUUCAGAGUCGGUAUGCUAAAAUUGUUUUGGAUUUGGAUAAUUUAAAUCUACAUUUAACAUCAGUAAUGUGUGUGCUUAGUGAAGAAAUUAAAGUAUUAGCACCUGAAGAAGCUGAAACAUGGCCAUUGAUCACGGAUUAUUUGCAAAAUCAGUCAUUUGAUGAAGCUGAACAGAUGAUUGAGCAUAACAAAGAAGUAACUGAUUCCCGUUUUAUGUCCGAUGACCAGCCCAUGUUAGCGUUAAUUAAAGAUUUAUUAGCUUUAAUGCUUCAGGUGAAGACAUUGACUGAAAAUGAACCUACUGCAUAUGAAUUGGAUGCUUUAAAAAGAACAAUGGUUGAAAUAAAACUUAAACUUAGUCAAUCUAAUCAAAAAUCUUUUGAAAAUUGUGUGGAAAUUCAUAUGCAGCAAAUUCAAUCUAGUUUAGAUACUUUUCAUACUUUAUCCUCAUCUAAUAGAAAAUAACAUGAAAUGUUUGGAACAUUUGUGAAACUAUAUUCAACAAAUAUAUUUUAAAAGGUAAAUACCUAAUAAUGUUAUGAAUACAAAGGAGAUUGAUUAUUUAUAUAUAUAUAUAAUAAAUAUAUAUAUAUUUAUUUAUAGAUUUAAAUGAAAGUAAUAACACUUAAACGGAUAAUUGAUUAAUGCCAUUUUUAAAGUACCUAUAUUUUAAUUAACGUAAUCUUCCAUAACCAAUUAUUUAAAAUUAUUUAUACGUAAAUAAAAUAAUGAAUAUACUAAUAUCAAUGAGGACUUAUUUUAUCUAAAUUGGAAAUCAAAUUUUAUUUAAAGAUAAUACAAUUAAAAUGUUCAUUAUUAUACAUUCAGAAUAUUCUUUAUAAUACAACAAAUUUGUGUGAUGUAGAAUAUAAGUUUAAUUUAAGUAAAUUAGGUUUAUAAUGUUUUUGAUAAUUGCUUAAUGAUUUUUAAAAAUGCUGGUAUACUGUUCAAUAAUUUAUAACUAAAAUAUCUAAUAAUUAGAAAAUAAAUUUGUUUCAAAUUGUUGAUCUCCUUUUAAUUAAUAACAUUAUUUUGAAUGCAAAAUUAAUAUGUUUUAUACAAUUUAAUUAUGUAUAUUUUUUUUUCUGUUAUUAAAUUAAUUUGGUGUAAAAUGUAUUAUUUUUAUUUAUCUUCAUAACAAUUUAUUUUAUUUUAAACCAAUCAGCGUCUACUUAAAUUUCAUUGUAUUUGUAAGGUAUGCAAUCGGAAAGAUAUUUGUCUAUACAAUUUAAAUUUAAUUUUACAAUUUAAAUUAUGAGUUAUUUUUUUUCACAUAAUGGUACAUAAAAAUACCAUCAUUAUAAAUUAUAGUUUAUGGUUAAUUUGAGUUAUCUAAUUAUAGAGUAGGUAUCACUGUAUCGUGAGAUAAUUAUUUUUAGUUUUUAAUUGUAAAUGUAUUGAAAUAUAUGUGAAAGUUUUAGAAACUGGUAGAAUUAUAUUGUGUUAUAUUUGUUAAUUUUAUUAGUGAAUAUUAAUAUUAUUUUACUUUUAAAAUCCGGAACAUGUAGAUAUAAUUUAAUACAAUUCUUAAAGAACUGAAAAAUAAUUUAAUGAUGUACUUGCAAACAUUGUACGCAUUUUAAAAUAUUUUAAUAAACAAAUUAUUAAUAUAUAUUUUUAUUCAAAUAAAUAAUUUAAAUUUAUUAUUUAUGAAAGUCAUUAUUUUUAAUGUUCUGAUUCUAACAAAAUUACUAAUUUACAAAAUCUGAUUUUACUGUAUAUUUUCCUAGAAUUAAAAAUGUGUGUUAGGUAAGAGAAUAAUUGUGUAAGCAUUUGUGUACAUUUAUGUAUUUUAAUUAUAAUUUUUAUAAAUUGGAAUAUUGUUUAUACAACCUGUAUUAUAUAAUUUUAUUAUUGAUUGAAAUGUUUAAGAAAU